AUGACAUCAAAAGUUUGGUAUAUUACAGGUUGCUCAACUGGUAUUGGUGCAAGUCUGGUCAAGUUGUUACUCGAGAAUGGUCAAAAAGUGGCCGCCACAUCAAGAAACAAACAAGCAUUGAUUGAUGGUAUUGGUGCCCCUGCCAAGACUCACAGUGACUCCUUCCUUCCAUUGGUGGUCAAUCUCGCUGAUGAAACAAGUAUCAAGAACUCUGUCACAGAGACUACAAACAAGUUUGGUACCAUCGAUGUGUUGGUCAACAAUGCAGGUUGUGGACUUGCCGGAACACUUGAGGAGUUGCCCAUCUCUGACAUCAAGGAGCACUUUGAGAUCAACUUCUUUGCCUCACUCUACGUCUACCGUGCAGUCGCACCAGUCAUGCGUGCCAAGAAGUCUGGUCUAAUCAUGAAUGUCACCUCUAUCCUUGCCAAUGUGGGUCUCGUCUCAUUCGGUGCCUACAGUGCCACCAAGGCAGCAUUGGAGAUGGCCACAGAAAGCAUGGAUGCCGAGCUGAAGGACUUUGGCAUCAGGGUGUUGACCAUCAACCCAGGCAGCUUCAAGACAGACAUUGCCUCUCCGACCAAGUUCAAACGAGCACCAAACACAAUCCCAGACUAUGAGCCCUUGCACAAGAUUCUGGCUUCGGGCAAGACCAUCCCUCCAAUGAAUGGUGAUCCAGACAAGUUGGCCAAACUACUCUUGAAGUUGUCCACUGUUCCAGCUGAAACACUACCCCAGCACAUGUACAUUGGUGUUGACAGCUACAACUUGGCUAAACAAAAGGCAGAGGGUUGGAUCAAGGAUUUGGAGACUUGGAAGGCAGACUCGACCUCAACCAACUUUGAUGGAGUUCAAUAA